UCGAGUAAGCAUGUACACAAAAAAUUGUACGGAAGAAAUAAAGAAUAAAGAAAAAAAAUUCUGACGAAAUCAAUAUAGGUGAUCAGUUUCUUGAUCUGUUUUUGUUUAGGCCAAUCAGUGUUCCUGCUGGCCAUUGCAAUAAAAUUGGGCAUGAACCUUUAGAAGAUAGUAUUGAUGAUAGAACUCAAAUACUUUUUACAGUAUGAUGGCUACUCAUCCUGCCCUCUGGUGACUGGUUAUGGAAAGCUGAUCCUAGCCGAGUUUGACUUCAACCUAGACGCCUUGGAAACCUUCCCACUGGAUCAGGGUAAGGAGAGACGACUCAUGUACCACUUGAAGAAAGAUAUCAUGCCAGAGCUCUACUGGAAUGGACUGAUCAAAGGAUUGUGGAAUGGACCUGGGGCAUACAGAAAGUUGAUGCAUCUUGGAAUGUCCAAAUAAUUGUUCUACAGGAGUUG